ACACUCUGCCGCAGUCUGUCGGCAUUUGUAGCUUUGGUUUGUACUUGCCAUGGCUUGAAAAAUGUGUCCUUUUUUCCUUUUCAGGACUGUUUAUUGUCCGCAAAUCCAGUUAUAAUGGUGCAUUUACUUCUUCUCGCGAUAGGCUCUCAUCCAGUGUAACAAUAGUUAAUUUUUAUGUCCAAAUAUCAACGAUGGAUCUUCCGCAGGCACCACAAGAUAUUGAGCUUAGAAAUAUUAUUGAUAAGCUAGCACAAUUUGUUGCCAGAAAUGGACCCGAAUUUGAGGAAAUGACCAAAAACAAACAAAAAGAUAAUCCAAAAUUCAGUUUUUUAUUUGGCGGAGAAUACUACAACUAUUACAAAUAUAAAGUUUCUUCUGAACAAGGAUUGCUAAAAGGUAGCAAAGAUGUGCCUCCUGCAGGAAAUCGAAGCAUGAGUGACUCUGGUAGUUCUCAUUUACAACUAGCCGCUGCUGCUGUUCAAUGGCUGCAGGCAGCACAGCAGCAGUCCAAUUCUGGUACCACUGUCAGCAGUCUAAUUCAGCAACAGAGUGCUUUAAACGAACAAAUUAUACAGAGCGAGAGUAACCUUUCCGCUCAACAUGCUGUGUUAAUGCAGCAACAACAGUUGUCAAUUGAUGACACCAUUUCAAAAUCGAUCUCAGAAAAGUUACACAAAGAUGCCGCCGAGUGUGGUAUCAACUUCGAUGAAUUUAAUUCAAUUUUACAGCCCAUCAUCGAUUCGUGUACAAAGGACUCAAUAUCAAACGGAAAGUCCUGGAUUCUACAAAGAGCGACAGCCCCUAAACCAAACUCUGUAAUAUCUAACUACUUAUUGAGCAAAGUGCUUGAGCCUGGAGCAACUUUUCUUCAAAAACUGCAUGUAAUUUAUUUGGUUAAUGAUAUCUUACACCAUUGUGUACGAAAGGGCACCGAUGGAUUGAAAAAAGCUUUAGAAAUUGUUGUUGUACCUAUGUUUUGUUCCGCCUCAUUGGAUGCAACUGAAGAUCAACAAGGGAAACUCAAUAAGUUAUUAACACUGUGGGAAUCGAAAAACCAUUAUUUCGACGGGGACAUUAUCUCUAAGCUAAAGGAGCCUCAAACUUCUUGGACUGAUUACAAAUCAGCUUUAAUGGCAUCUCACUCUUCCAUCGUUGAGACUAUCUCAGCAGCAACUAAGGCAACAUUACAUAACUAUCAAUCACAGCAUGAAGCAUUCGUCAACCAUGCAUUACAGCAAAUUCAAACGUUAGAAUCACAGAAACAAGCUCUAGAAAAGCAGAAUCAGCUUGCCUCUGUGAUGAAUACCAUCUCUAGUGGAAUGAACCCCGAGCCACCAAGCAAUGCAAACCAUAAAGAAGAAGCGCAACCUCCAAAUCACCUAGUCAAUCCCUCGCUCCCAAUGAAACAUGUAGAUGAGCCAAGUCAAAAUCAUGACUUCAGCACGGCAAAUCACAGCUACGACCAGUCGAACCCUGCCUUCAAUCACUCAUCAAAUGAUUCCUACAGCAUGUACUCAGGGAACCUACCGCAAGAUUCUUCUUCUCAAGGUUUUGAGAAUCCUCCAAUGUUACCGAUUCCUCCUCAUGCAUAUUCUGGUCCACCCCCUGGAUUUCUGCCCAACUUACCUCCACCCAAUAUAGAGCUGCCUGAUCUUAGUCGCCCGCCGCCAGGAUUUCAACCACAACCUCCGCAGCUUCUGGGGCCGCCUCCACCAGCGGAGAUCAAACCAGAAGAUCUCUUACCUUCAUUGCCCUAUUAUGACUUACCUGCUGGAUUGAUGGUUCCUUUAAUUAAAUUAGAAGAUAGUUCUUACAAACCUUUAGAUCCUGAUAGUAUCCGAUUACCACCUCCAGCACCACCUUCGGAGAGGUUAUUAGCAGCUGUUAAAGCAUUUUAUGCUCCACCAGGACAUGAUCAUCCUCGAGACAGUGAAGGGUGGGAGAAGCUAGGUCUGUAUGAAUACUAUAGAGCAAAGAAUCUUGCUAAGAAGCGGAAAGAAGAAGAAAUAAGUCAAGGUAUCAGAGAAAAAUCAAAGUCUCCUUCGCCUGUCAUUCGAUCUAAAUCAAGAAGUCAAUCUCCAACGCCGAAGAAACGCUACCGAAGUCGCAGCAGAUCAAAAUCUCGGGACAGAACCCCAGUGACUCGUAAUGGUAACACUAGGACACCCAUCAAUCGCAAGCUAAUGAGCGACAUCGGGAGGGAAAGGGAAAUGGAAGGAGAUGGAGUUGGGAUGGGGGUUACUCCUAAUUUAAGGGACCGCGACAGAGAUAGAGAGCGAGACAGAGAUAGGGAUCGGGACAGGAGCAGAUUUGAUCGAGAUAGAGAUCGAGACCGUGAUAGGGAUAGAGAUAGGGACAGAGAUAGAGAUAGGGACCGCGAUCGAGAUAGGGACCGAGAUCGGGGCAGAGAUAGAGACAGAGAUAGGGACAGAGACAGGGACAGAGAUAGGGAUAGGGACAGGGAUAGAGAUAGGGACCGUGAUCGAGAUAGAGAUAGGGACAGGCAUCGAGAUUAUGAUAGGGAUAGAAGAAACUCACCAAUUCCAUUCAGAGAUGAAGAAACUCGAAGUCCUACGCCUCCAUCUUUCCUUGGAUCCACAUAUGCGAAAACACCUGUAGAAAAAAUAGAUGAAUCUAACAAAGGACAUCAGAUGUUGAAAAAAAUGGGCUGGGGCGGAGCUGGUCUUGGUGCUAAUGAACAAGGAAUUGAAGCACCUAUAAGUGGGGGAGAGGUGCGGGAUCGUAGCGAUCUGUACAAAGGUGUUGGAAUAAAUGUAAAUGAUCCUUAUGAGAAUUUCCGGAAAAGCAAGGGUCAAGCAUUUAUCACAAGGAUGAAAGCUCGAGCGGAAGAGAGAAUGUAAUCAUCGAAUGACUUCAAGUCACACAGAUUAAUGAUAGAGCUGAAACUGUUUACGUGCUGUAGCUUUUUCUUGAUCUCAGAAUUUUCUGAGAUAUGUUUUUCUUUCCAGCCGAUAGGAAGGAAUGAAAUUGUUUUUAUUGUGAUUUCUUGCGCAUGACUUGUGUACAUCAUUCUUUUAUUUUUUUUUUUGGGUUUUAAAAUAAGUCUGAUGUAAAUAAUAUACAUUCUUAGAUUAAGUCCUGUAAGUAAAUUAUUAUUAUUUUUUUUCUCCCUGUUGUGACUCACUAUUUUUAGUGCAAAAUGCACGUUUUUUAGUGACGCUGAUGCAUCUUUAAAACAAUUUUGUAAAUUGAUUUUUGAAAUUAAUAAUUUUUCAAAAUUUU